AUGGAUAUUUCUUUGGAAGUGCAUCGGAGGAUCCUGCCAGUUUUGUCUGGAUAUUCUCAAGGUGGCGCAGUGGUGUCCAGACCGGCCUUGCAGGUCCCGCACAGGGUUUGGAGAAAGCGACUGCGAGCAGUUCCUCCACCACUUGAUGCGUCUUCUGCUUUUGGUCUUGAGUCGCAGCUCUUCGCGCUGGUCUCGCAGGCCAACGACAUGGUCUCCUCAGGUCUCGCGGGCAACCAGGGCUUCCUUAUGGCACCUCUCCUAUUUGUCGGAGGUCUCGCAUCAUCUUUGAACCCAUGCAAUAUGGCAUCACUGCCAGCAGCUGCAGCCAGUGUGACUGCACUGUCAAGGCAAAGCUCACCAGCUUUGCAAGCCUUGUCCUAUGCCUCAGGAUCCGCAGCCGUGCUGAUGGUGCUUGGUAUGGCGGUUGCUUUAGCUGGAGAGAGGCUGCCACUCGGAGAAGGAGUUCUACCCUGGCUUUUUCCGGUGGUGGCAACGGUGAUGGGUUUGAGCCUUCUCGAAGUGGUGCCAUUGAGCUUGACUGGGAUUCCAGGUCUUGGCCAAUUUGAAAGUGCGCCGUCCACUCUGCGUGGAUUCCUUCUGGGAGCCGCAAGUGCAGCAGGUUCGUCACCCUGCGCCACUCCAGUGCUCGUAACCAUUACCUCCUAUAUUGCAUCACACUCGGUAGGUGUUGCGGGCUCUGCAGCUUUGCUGUUUGCCUAUGCGAUGGGCUACAGCUUGCCGGUGGCUUUGGUAAGCAUGUCUACAAGCCUCCUGCCAGUUUUCCAGGAAGGCGGUGAGUGGGGUAAGAAAACGACUGGAGCUGCUAUCCUGUUGGUUGGAGCAUGGCAGUUGCUCACGCUUGUGCAUGACGUGUUUGGUCUUCAAGCUGAAGCGGCCAUCUAUGUUGCGCUGAUUGCAUCCACACUGGCUCUUUACAAUAAGACUCCGAAGGUGGGAUUGAAGGUCACCGCUCUGCAAGAGGCCGUGUACGAGUAUCAGCCGCUUCUGGACGUGCCUUCUAGCAGUUCGAUUUCAAUUCUGGACGAGCCGCGACGGUUGGCUUUGACCUCCCUUGUGGGGAGCGUUGUUGUGGCCAGCCUUUCGGAGGCAGCUCCAUGGCUGCGCGGCAGUACACAAGAAGAUGCUGCAUCCCUGAUCUUGCAAGCAGCAGCUGAAUCCAGACCAAUGCCAGUGGCAUUGCAAUCUGGCAAGCCUGUUCUAGUUGACUUUUCAGCCACUUGGUGCGUCGAUUGUCUCCAGUCCGCGCCAACUCUUCGAGAUUUGAAACGCCAGUUUGGGCAGGAUGUUGAGUUUGUGACUUUGGACGUAUCAAACUGGACUGCAAAUUCCGGCAACGACGACUUGGAUUGGUGGACGCGGGAAUUUCGAGUCGAUGGAAUUCCACAUAUUGCCUUUGUUCUUCCUGAUAGGCGGGUCCUCACUGCACUUAUUGGCAAUUUGCCAGCUGACGUCCUGCAAGCCAAUCUAGAGGCAUUCGCGAACUCCAAAACAGACAACGAGGAGGAACUGCCUGCAUUGCCCUACAUUAUGUUUGAUGCCUUUGACAAUGGACGUCGUCGAGUUCGAUUGAGAGCUUGA